ACAGAGGAAAUGACAUAACCAGAUGACCAAACUAAAGCAUUUUGCUCCAAUUUUGUUUGACAUAGAUGUAUUUGGUUGCAGGAAUGUCUUUUAUUCUUGAAGGUCAUUGGGUUGGGUGUCUUUAGGAGUCCAGCUAGCUGUGACCAUUGGCUGUCCGGCGCACGCUUUAUGAAACAGAAAGUCUCUCCAGAUGGGAUCCAUCACUCUGAAGAGUCCAGGCUGAUGCAGUUUGGUUUAAUCUCCUCCAGCUCUGAGAACUGUUGUCAAGUUUUCACACAUGCGUGCAAAGAAGGGAACAUGUGUUCUGCAGAUGGACACAAAGGUUCACUUGAAGCAGCUUCCUUGCGUGAGACAGAAUAAAUAGGGAUAACAAACAUCUCAUGGAAGAGAAAUACAAUGAAAAUAAGUCAAAACAUUGAAGUUAAGACAGAAUUGAAGACGCUCGAUGAAUCUGAGGGUCUAGACAUACUUCAGUGACACCUGCUGGACAAAACGCUCGUCCGGUAAGGGUGCGCGCAUCAGAAAAUUUACAAAACAUGUUCCUAAAAGAAGUUUAAAAGAAACACAAAAAAGAAAUGGCAAGUUAUUCACAAGAUAAAAAUACUAGAAAGACAUUUAAUAGUUAAAUGCACCCUUAUUGUAAAUAUAGCAUUUUUCCUGCAAAAUAAAGUUUGGGAUUUAAAGGAGGAUGAGUUUUAUUAGGUAAAAGUGUGAAAAUGUCAAUAAUUACAUUAAACAGAAACUUCUGUUUAACAGAGUAGCUCUGGUUUCUUCUUUUACUGAAUGUCUCUGACUGCACGGCGUCUCCAAAUUUGGCACACACCGUGCGCAAAGCUGAAGAUGCGCCGUUUCUUGCGCGAGGCUGCGUGAUCCAGGGAACAGCGGAGGGGAAGGAAGUAUCUCCACCUUGAACUUUUCCCUGCCUCGGGUCAGGGCGAUGAUCGUCCGCACCCCCGCACCCCUCAUCCUCCAGCUUAACUCGCUGAUCUGGGAUCCGAGAGCAGCAGCAGCUCCUCGCUUCUCUCCUCUCCCCCCUCUUUUUUUUCUUCUUUUUUUCCCCCAGCAGCGUCUCACCGCUGCGCGCACCAGACGCGCUCUUCCACGCCAGGAUGGACUCGUCUCGAUCUCUGCAUCCUUGACGCCGCUGUAGUAGUCCAGUUGGAGUUCCCCACAGAGAAAGAGAGCAGGAACAGAUCCCCCCUUUCCCCUGCAGCUGGACUUUAUUCCUGCGUGAACGGCCGCGGUGCGCUCCCCUGCGGCUGCAGUUCCGUAAUGGGAAUGGAUCUGCACCGGGUUUUUUUCGUCCUGAGUUGUGUGUACUGCGCAGUGGCUUUCAUGGAGGAGCCCUCCGGAGGCAGGUCGGACGGCUUCUGCGAGCGGAUCCCGCGGGCGCAGAUCCAGCGCACCCGGAAGGAAGGGCACCAUGAGUUUCGACUCAAGGUGGAGGGAGAGCAGGAGAACUACAAUCCUGGCACCACGUACAAAGUUCUCCUCCUGGCAACCAGCCCCGCUUAUUUCCGAGGCUUCACUCUCAUUGCGCUGAAAGAGGGCACGGAGGGCACCACGCCUGACGACUACAUCGGACAGUUCCAGAUUGUCGAUAAAGACGACACCCAGUUCAUGACCAGCUGUCCUCCUGCUGUGACGGAGACCACACCUCGCAGGCGCACAAAGAUACAGGUCUUCUGGACAGCGCCCCCCUCUGGUUCUGGCUGUGUUAUACUCAAGGCGAGCAUUGUUCAGAAAAGAGUCAUCUUUUUCCAGGAUAAAGGCUCCCUCACAGUUCGACUCUGUGAGAAAGAACCCGUGCAGCUUGACACCACAUCAGCCCCCCCCAUUGAGUGCUGUGCCUGUGGAACUGCCAAAUACCGACUCACCUUCUAUGGCAACUGGUCGGAAAAAGUCCAUCCCAAAGACUAUCCAAGACGUGCCAACCACUGGUCGGCUCUUAUUGGUGCAUCCCACUCCAGGAAUUAUGUGCUGUGGGAGUACGGAGGCUAUGCCAGCGAGGGAGUCCGUCAGGUGGCUGAAUUUGGCUCCCCCAUUAAGAUGGAAGGAGAGAUUCGACAGAAGGGAGACGACGUCCUGACUGUUAUAAAAACCAAGGCUCAGUGGCCGGCGUGGCAGCCGCUUAACCUACGAGCGGCGCCAUCAGCUGAGUUCUCGGUGGACCGAGCACGCCACCUCAUGUCCUUCCUCACUAUGCUCGGGCCAAGCCCAGACUGGAACGUCGGGUUGUCUGGAGAGGAUCUCUGCACCAAGGACUGUGGCUGGAUUCAGAGGCUCGUAGCCGACCUCAUACCAUGGGAUGCAGGCACAGAUAGCGGCGUCACAUAUGAGUCCCCAAACAAGCCCACCAUUCCUCAAGACAAAAUCAGACCCUUGACCAGCUUUGACCACCCUCAGAGUCCUUUCUACGAUCCUCAAGGGGGCCCAAUAUCACCCUUGGCCCGGGUAGUGGUGGAACGUAUUGCCAGAAAGGGAGAACAGUGUAAUGUGGUCCCAGACAACAUAGAUGACAUUGUUGCUGAUAUUGGACAGGAGGAGAAGGAGGAAGACGACACUCCCGAGACGUGCAUCUACUCGGCCUGGUCUCCCUGGUCGGCGUGCAGCAGCGCCACGUGCGACAAAGGCCGCAGGAUGAGGCAGAGGAUGCUGAAGGCACAGCUUGACCUGAGCGUGCCCUGUCCUCACACGCAGGAUUUCCAGCCGUGCAUGGCCCCAGGAUGCAGCAUGGAGGAGCCAUCGACAUGCAUGAUGUCGGAGUGGAUCAGCUGGUCGGCCUGCAGUGUGUCCUGCGGGAUGGGAAUGAGGUCAAGAGAGCGAUAUGUCAAACAGUAUCCUGAGGACGGCUCGCUCUGUCAGCUGCACACCGAGGAAACUGAGAAGUGUGUCGUGAACGAUGAGUGCUUGCCCAGCAGCUGCGUGGUGACAGAGUGGGGGGAGUGGGACCCCUGCAGCGUCACCUGUGGCCUCGGUAUGAGAAGACGUGAGCGCAUGGUGAAGAUGCCCCCCUCAGACGGCUCCAUGUGCAAAGCAGAGAUCGCAGAGGUGGACAAAUGCAUGGUGCCAGAGUGCCAUGCAGACACCUGCGUGCCUACGCCCUGGUCGGAGUGGAGCAAGUGCAGCGCCACGUGUGGCCGCGGCAUCCGGACCCGACAGAGGAUGAGGAAGACGAAUCAGGCCGACUGUAGGGAGGAGACAGAGCAGAAGGAGUGCAGGCUGCCCGAGUGCUCUAUUGACUGCAUGGUCUCAGAGUGGUCUGAGUGGUCCGAGUGCAACAAGUCCUGUGGGAAAGGACACACCAUUCGCACCCGUAUGGUCAAGCUGGAGCCGCAGUUUGGGGGGAGAGCUUGUCCCGAGACCAUCCAGAGAAAGAAGUGCAAGCUCAGGAAAUGCCCCGGAAAGCGAAAGGAAACCAGAGGUUGCAGGAUGCAGCCAUGGAGCAGCUGGACCACCUGCACCAAACCAUGCGGAGGAGGAAUACAAGAGCGCUUAAUGGUGGCCCGGAAAAGGGCGAAGGGCAGCUGCAAAGAUCAGAGAGAGAUCCAUGCCUGUAACGUUCAUCCCUGUUAGGGGGUACUACUGAGCUGCAAAGAGGAGAAAAUGGGGGAUUUAUGCAGGGCAUAAGAAAAAAAAAGUUCCUUAUAUGUAUGUAGAGAAGACAAAGAUCUAACGAGAAACGGAAAGCGAAGGAUAAACAAGUAGAAGCUGACAGGCUGUUUAGUGAAGCCAUUGUAGACAUGUUGUAACACAGGAUUGACUUUUGUUGUAGACCACAGUGGAGGUAAUGGAGAAGAGCACCAGUGUCCUCCAAACAUCUGAAUAACUAACCACUUUUUUAGUUUUUUGAGUCGAUUUAUAUUGUUUGUUUUCUCAGCAGGUCGUUUUUUUUUUGUUUGUUUUUUUGUAGAACUUACCAUAAACAUGUUGCUUUUAAUUAUUAAUAAUAAAAACAUGAUUACACCAUUUUUUCAGUUGAGCAUUUAACCUUGGUUAACAUUUUAGACCGUAAGCAGUCGCUCUGUAACAUUAUAUCCUUUUUAAUUAAACAAAAGAAAAUGACCUUCAAAUUAGGGACGCACUUCAGGCUAAGUAAAAGAAUCCAUCUAUUAAAAAACGUUUUUUUUUAUAUAUACCGGUAUGUAUAUAUACAGUAUGUAUGUACAUAUAUAUCUAUCUAUAUAUAUAGAUAGAUAAAUAUAUACCGUAUAUACACACAUGAGUGUCCCUUGCAUAGAGGUUGCCAUAGCAACCUGACAAACAUCCCCCAUGUCAAGACAUUAAAACAUUUAGAGGUAAAAGCCAUCAAAAAUUAUGAAAACUUUCACAUUACUUGCAAAAUGUUACUCACGGCCCACUUGACAACAUGGCUUCCUUCCCUCCUUAUAUGUUUAAACUUUGUCCAACAAGCAUGAAACUGCUACAUAAAAAAAUAGUUCUAAACUGAGCUUUUUUUUUCCCAAGAAAAACUAUCAAAUACAAUUUUACACACAGGCACAAUCAUUUAAAGACAUAUUUAAAGAGUUUCUGUGGAAUGAAUGCAGGAACUGUGACUUUAUUGCUUUUUUAACAGUUUUUGUUGCUGCCAAACAUCAAGAACACAAGUUUGUUUCAUUAUCAUAAACCAACAGCUGCAAAAGGAAGAAAUAAUCAAAAUUUUGCUCUCAGUAGCUGAAGAUAAUGUCUUUUUAGCCACACAACAAACAAGCAACGCAAAACGCAAGGAAUGCUUCUUUAAGGAAAGAGUUUUUCUUUUUCUUUUCUGUUUCUUCAUCCAAAACAGCCCUUUUUUGACACAGGAAACCUCCUUUGACUCCUGGAUGUAAACCUACUAUCUAACCAUGCAUAUGAACGACACUAAUACAUAAAAAAACAAUUUUGAGACAAAACAGGCACGCUUCAAUGUUUUUAUACUGUUGAGGUCAGUCCUUACUGCUGUUUUUCUGUCGUCUUAGCUAAUAUGGCGUUGAACUCCUGUUUUAGCAUGUGCAAUUUGGGCUUUUUUAUGCUUUUUUAGGCUUCAUUACCUGUAGUUAAUGUCUGCUUUGGUAGGAAGUCAUGCGGAUCUGCUUUGCUGCACUAAAGCGUGUAGAAUGUGUGAUUUAAAAGUAUUUGGUCUAUCAACAGGUUUUGCUUUACCAAUUAUUUUUUUACCUUCUUUUUCUGGUUGUUUUUUAUGACAAUUGUGUUCUGAUUUGCUCACAAUGUCACAAAUGCUUGUUAAAACUCCCCUAUUGGUUUUCUGUUGGUGAAAUCUCAGAUUUGACUGUUUUUUUUUCUCCCUUUUCUCUUCUGUACUGUGUAACUAUUUUGUAAGAAGCCACCUUUACAAUAAAAAUCUAAUUGUGAAACUUGU